GCCAGAACGCCGAAGAGGACCAACAUGGCGUCCUUCAACAGCAACGAAUGGAGAGCUAUCUGCGACAAAUUCACGAACGCCCAAAAUCUCACAGAAAUAGAAUCACGAAACGACCCAGAAAAUGACCCCUUCCGCUCUAAAUACAAAGCCAGGGAGCUUCUCAGAGAAAUAUACUGCUCGCUAAAGAAUUUUGAAGCGGGCGAAGGUGAGGAGGAGGGCGGCGGAGAGAGCGGCGACCAACGGCCGACAGAGCAGCCGGUGGACGGGCAGAGAGAGGACCUGUUCGGCCAGGGCUUCAGCGGUGAUUCACCAGCCGGGUUGCGGGCCGCAAGACUCGGAGCUGUGGAGUACUACCUGGGCGUCAACCAUGUGGACACGGAGGAGCUUUCAGCCGGGCAGGAGCACCUAAUGAACUGCAUGAAGCUGCUGGAGAGAUGCAGAGUGUCGUCCCCGAAUGUGUCCCUGUUUAUCCACGUUAGGAACCAGCUGGGUAUCCUCUGGGCAGGCCGGGAUGAGACAGAGACUGCACAGGGCUUCCUCGAAACUGCAGAAUCCAUCUAUCAACGUUACAUGAAGGAGGAUGGUAGUCCUCCCACUGAUAUGACAGAGUACUUUGCUGCUGAGGAGAACCUGCUGACUCACCAGGAAAGGAUUAAGAGGUUUGAGUUGGCCUACACCCAUACCAUGUACUACCUUGCUCAAGUUUAUAAAAACCUGGGUCAAACUGAGCGUGCCGCUACGUACUGCCACACAACCCUGCAGAGACAGCUACAGUUAAAUCAGUUUACUCCAAUGGAGUGGGCUCUAAAUGCUGCUACACUAUCCCAGUAUUACAUCACUAAGGGCCGCUACAUGGAAGGCAGACACUGCCUCUCAGCAGCUACUGUUAUUUCUGAUUUGGCGGGCGAGGUUCCUUCUGAGGCUGCAGCACAAGAGAAUGAGGCAGAGAGUGAACGCAGGGAACAUCUAAGACAGAAGAGAGCAGAGAUUGCAAGAUGUUGGAUAAAAUACUGUUUGAACCUCCUGCAGGAUGCCAAGAAGCAGCUAGAGGACAACAUCGGUGAGCUGGAUACCGAUCGUCAGGAGGAACUGAAGAGAGCUAGACGACGUGAGGAGGAGGAAGAAGAAAAGGGCAGGAAGAGUGCUCUGCUGUUUGGCUCUGAAGACACCUUUGACUCUAUUGCUAGCAUUGAAGAGAAGGUGAUGUGUUUGUUCCCCUUGGACUUCACUGAGGCCAGAUCUGUAUUCUUGGUAGGACAGAAUCAUGUCACACAGGCCAAGGACUACUUUCAGAUGGAUGGCUAUGUGACAGACCACAUAGAGAUUUUGCAGGAUCACAGUGCUCUGUUCCGAUCCCUGGCCUUCUUUGAAGAGGAUCUGGAGCGGCGCUGUAAGAUGCACAAACGAAGGGUGGACAUGCUGGAGCCGAUCUGCAACGACUUGAACGCACAGUACUACCUAAUGAUCCGCAGACAGUUGAUGUUCGAAUUGGCUGAGACCUACAAUGAAAUGAUGGACCUAAAACUUGCAUUGGCCAACCGACAAGCAGACACGCAGUCUCUAGAUAACCACACCAUUAAGAAAUUUAACCAUCUCUGCUCUGCCUCUGCCAAGUACUUCCAGAUGUUCUUAGACUCUCUGUGUUCCCCAGAAGGGAAAUUUCCAGAGCGCCUGGAGGAGGAGGUUCUCAGACCAGCUCUGGUCGCACGCUUCAGAGUGGCUCGACUACACAGCCGACUCAUCAGCACCUCACCUACUGUUCAACUGGACAACCUAAACAAAUCUCUAGAAAACUACAAGUAUGUGGUGCAGUAUUGUGAGGCCAACCCUGAGGCAGGAGCCGCCGUGGAGACAGAGCUGGAGCUGAGUAAGGAGAUGGUCGGGCUCCUCCCUCUCAAAAUCAACCGCCUCAAAGCAAGGAUGGCCUCAAACAACUGAAAGACUCCACUCUUUACGUCACUUGCUUACUAAUCCGGUUAAAGUCAUCAUUUUGAGGCGCUCAUCGGACACUCCCAUCUAAAAACUGAAUGGAAACUGACUGAUUUCUGUGUUUAUAUUGGCUUCUUUUUGUGCAGUGGGCAUGCUGCUUUCACUGUUGAAUACAUACCCGGCUGUAAAUACCUGCUCGCCGCUGUGAAGUAACCUUUGUGGUUAAUUUACCUUUAACUCUUAUUACAAAGAAAAUGCAUCCUGUUAAACAUUAAUAAGAAAACACAAGUGUCUCUUUUGUAUUACUAAUAAGUUGAAACUGAUGGGUAUGUUAUGAAAACAACAUCUUUGGAUCAAAUGGGUGACAAUCUGAUCUCAUUUUUCACUCUAGUUCAUUUCUCUCCUCCUAACUGCAGUGGAAGAGAGUACAACAAACCAAACAGCCGCAGCCUUUGUAGGUUUAAAACUAAAAUAUCAGAUGCUGCUAUUGCAAAACAGUGUUUUGUUUUUUUAUUUUGUUAAAUUGUAAUUUGUUUUAAAUUUUUACUAUUCCAGCACCCUCUGGCCUCUGACCCUAGUCUGAUUAAUACACGCUUUCUAAUGUUAAUCAUAUUGGUUUUAAUUUAUUGUGGCUUUAUUUUCUAUAAAGCACUCAGUGCACUACAAGUGUCUGAUGGUGAAAUAAGUGUGAUGGCGUACUGCGACCAGCCUGAGGUCACGUUAAGAGAGUUCAUCUAUUUUGUGCUACUGACUGACAAGACGACCAUUAAUGAGUGGACUUGAUCACACUGGUGUUAGCUUAGUAGACAUUAUAAUUUGCAUAAUGUGAGGUUCAUUUUUCUUCCUGUCUGAGGAACCUUAUCACCCAGUUUUUAUGCACAACCUAUAGCGAUUAGUGAUAUAAAACCAAUGAGCUAAUUCACACUUGUACCACAUUAGCAACAUGUUCUUGUUUUUUGAGUUUUUGGGGGAGUUUUGGGUUCCUUUUUUUUUUUUACUUGCAGUGAGAACCUAAGUGUUAAACCGACUUUUUUUCUGGUAUGCCUUCAUGUAACACAAGGCUGCUUUAACACAAGGUGGGGCUCUGAGUAACAAACUAAAAUUAUCUCAAUUUUGGGUGUCGAUGACUUUAAGGACUAUACUAUUAAGCCAGAUUAUUCAAUUGCUUAAUGCAGAGAAAUGUCUAAAGCUGUGUCUGUUAAAAUGUCUUGACUUCACUGUGACUAUGUGAUGGCCUAUAAAAAAAGAAAAGUGCA